AUGUCCGUGGUAACCGAGCUCGUCGAGAAUUUCGAACUUGGCGUUUUACUGCAAAUUUUGCACGAGUAUUUCGUGGAUAUCGUGGCCGUCAAGUAUACCAACGACUCAUUUACGAACGCAAACUGGAAUCUGCUGGCAAGAUUUGGCAAUGGUAUCGAAAAUGCCUCAAUUAUCGAGAAUUUCAAGCUCGAUCCAGAUGGCUUGUAG